CGCCGGAGUCUCCACCCCGCCGGCGGGUUCUGAUUAGCCACUUCCGACGAGUCUCGGGAUCCCGAUUGGUCCGUCGGGUCCCUGAGCCCGCUUCCUCCCCCUGGAAGCGACUACGGCGGCUCCGAGGAGGGGGAGGGGCAAGGAGGGACUGCCGGUCCCGUCAGUCAGGCAGCGGGAGCCGCCGGGAGCGGAUGGCGGCGGCGGUAGCGGCCUGUCUCGCCGCCGGGGGUGAGGAGGCGGCGACCACGACCUCCGUUCCAGGGUCUCCGGGUCUGCCCGGGAGCCGCAGUGCAGAGCGGGCCCUAGAGGAGGCCGUGGCCACCGGGACCCUGAACCUGUCUAACCGGCGUUUGAAGCACUUCCCCCGGGGCGCGGCCCGCAGCUACGACCUGUCAGACAUCACCCAGGCUGACCUGUCCCGGAACCGGUUCCCCGAGGUGCCAGAGGCAGCGUGCCAGCUGGUGUCCCUGGAGGGUCUGAGCCUCUACCACAAUUGUCUGAGGUGCCUGAACCCAGCCUUGGGGAAUCUCACAGCUCUCACCUACCUCAACCUCAGCCGAAACCAGCUGUCAUCGCUGCCGUCCUACAUCUGCCAGCUGCCCCUGCGAGUGCUCAUUGUCAGCAACAACAAACUGGGGGCCCUACCUCCCGACAUCAGUGCCCUGGCAAGCCUGCGACAGCUCGAUGCGAGCAGCAAUGAGUUGCAGUCUAUCCCCGCGGAGCUGUGCGGCCUCCCUUCCCUGCGGGAUCUCAAUGUGCGGAGGAACCAGCUCAGCACCCUGCCUGACGAGCUGGGAGACCUUCCUCUUGUCCGCCUGGAUUUCUCCUGUAACCGUGUCUCCCGCAUCCCGGUCUCCUUCUGCCGCCUCAGGCACCUGCAGGUCAUUUUGCUGGACAGCAACCCCCUGCAAAGCCCGCCUGCCCAGAUCUGCCUGAAGGGGAAACUUCACAUCUUCAAGUAUUUGUCAACAGAGGCUGGGCGGCGCGGGGGGUCUGCACUGGGGGACCUGGCCCCUUCCCGCCCCCCGAGUUUCAGCCCCUGCCCCGCUGAGGACUUGUUUCCGGGACGUCGGUAUGACGGAGGGCUGGACUCAGGCUUCCACAGCGUUGACAGUGGCAGCAAGAGGUGGUCUGGAAAUGAGUCAACAGAUGAAUUUUCCGAGUUGUCGUUCCGGAUCUCAGAGCUGGCCCGGGAGCCUCGGGGACCCAGGGAGCGGAGGGAGGAUGGCUCUGCUGACGGAGACCCUGAGCAGGUUGACUUCAUCGACAGCCACGUCCCUGGGGAGGACGAAGAGCGAGGUGCUGGCGAGGAGCAGCGGCCACCAGAAUCGAGCCCUGUGGCAGGGGAUGGGGAGCGGGCACCAAGCAGCAGGCGGGAGGAGCCGUCAGGGGAGGAGAGGCGGCGCCCAGACACCUUGCAGCUGUGGCAGGAGCGCGAGCGGCGGCAGCAGCAGCAGCAGAGUGGCGUGUGGGGUUCCCCAAGGAAGGACAGUUUUCCGAAGCUGGGGGUCAGGGCUCCUGGCGGGGGUGCUGCCGCCUCGUCCGCUCAGGCCACCUACAACGGCACGCCCAAGUCCAGUGCCACCCAGCUGGGAGCUGCGGGGGGGCAGGGCGCUCCCACCCCCGCCUCCGCCGCCCAGGAGCCCCUUCCUACGGCGGGACCAGCGAGCGCACCUGCUGCCCGGCCGCUCAGCUCCAUUCAGAGACCAAACAGCUUCCUCUUCCGUUCUUCCUCUCAGAGCAGCUCAGGCCCUUCCUCACCAGACUCUGUCUUGAGACCUCGGCGAUCCCCCCAGCUUCUGGACGAAAAGGAAGUGAUGGCUCAGCUGCGCCAGGUGCUUGAGUCCCAGCUGCAGCGGCCCCUGCCCGAGGACCUGGCAGAGGCUCUAGCCAGUGGGGUCAUCCUCUGUCAGCUGGCCAACCAGCUGCGGCCCCGCUCCGUGCCCUUCAUUCACGUGCCCUCACCUGCUGUGCCAAAACUCAGUGCCCUCAAGUCUCGGAAGAAUGUGGAGAGUUUCUUAGAAGCUUGUCGAAAAAUGGGGGUUCCUGAGGAGUCCCUGUGCCAGCCCCACCACAUCCUGGAAGAGGAGGGGGCCCCGGGAAGGGGCCUCCCCUACAUCGCUGCUGUCAUCCAUGCACUGCUGGAACGGCCUUAGGGGUUGAGGUCAGGGUGCAGGGGCCCGACCCGGCGGGAACCCCAGGAACAGAGAAGACAGCCACGCCUGGGCUCUGCUCUCUAGCGAGGACUGGUGAGGGCGGCCUCGGGCCUGGCCCUGUGCCUCGGGCACCUGUCUGCCCGGGAGCUUGGAAGCAGGCUGGCCCAGCAAGGCGCGAGGCCGCCUCUGGGCGUGGUCGAGGGUCUGGGAUGGGAGACUGGGGGCUGGGUGUUGUGUCACGUGCAAUAAACGGAAGCCGGAAGCCCUCUAGGUUGCCCCUCAA